UGACUGUUUUGGCCUGAGUCGGCGAUUUUGACCUCUUUGGACGUCCUGUAGGUAUCGACCUCUUGUCUCUUGCAGCUAUUUCUGCGUCACAAGCCUUUGGGUGGAGCAAACCAAGGUCACUUACACGCAGUCUUUGACUUGCACCGAGAUAACAAGAUGCGGCCCUACAGUCAAUGUUCGAAUUUCAAAUUCUAUAUUAAGCCGCGAACUUAGUUUUGACUUCUUGUCGACACUCUCCAUCCUCAGCAUCGCCGUCCUUCCAUCACCUCGAGUCUUUCCAUGUCCCUCUACCAGUACCAAUACACCCCUUAAAACAUAAAAAAAGACAAAACAAACCACAAUGGCACCAGGGAUUCUAGUCGAGGAGACUACCAACCGCGAUGGUCUCCAAUUGGAGGCUACCUCCGACAGCAUUGACAUGGUCAAUGUCCUCAAGGAUCAUAUGAAACAGAAGGAUGAGGACUGGACCUCAAAGUCCAAGUUUGACCACCAGAAGGACAAGACCCAGUUCCGACAGUACGAGGAUGCCUGUGACCGUGUCAAAGCCUUCUACAAGGAGCAGCAUACUAAGCAGACCGUGGCCUAUAACUUGAAAGUCCGCAACAACCUCAAAUUCCAGAAACGGGAGGAGAUGACCAUCUGGCAAGCUAUGGAGAAGCUCAACACCCUGAUCGACGAGUCUGAUCCCGACACCAGUUUAUCUCAGAUCCAGCACCUCCUCCAAUCUGCUGAGGCUAUCCGCCGAGAUGGCAAGCCCCGCUGGAUGCAGCUUACCGGCCUGAUCCACGACUUGGGCAAGCUCCUUUUCUUCUACGGAUCGGAGGGUCAGUGGGACGUCGUCGGCGACACAUUCCCUAUCGGUUGUGCCUUCGACGAGCGCAUCAUCUACCCCGGUUCCUUCUCCGACAACCCCGACAUCCAUGACCCCAUCUAUAGCACCAAGUAUGGCAUCUACUCCCCCGGCUGUGGCUUAGAUAACAUCAUGCUGUCCUGGGGCCACGACGAGUACCUUUAUGAGAUCGUCAAGAACCAGUCUACUCUGCCUCCCGAAGCUCUGGCCAUGAUCCGCUACCACUCCUUCUAUCCCUGGCACAAGGAGGGCGCCUAUCGCGAAUUCAUGAAUGAACACGACGAGAAGAUGCUGGAGGCCGUUCGCGCUUUCAACCCCUAUGACCUUUACAGCAAGAGCGACGGCCUCCCUGAUGUCGAGGAGCUCAAGCCCUACUAUCUCGAACUCAUUGAUGAGUACUUUCCUCGGAAAAUCAUCCGGUGGUAAAUGCGCCUACAGCUCAUCAUCGUUUUUAAGCAUGUUAGAAUUAUUCACGAGACACUUGGGAUAGGGUUGACAAACAUGUCAGGAGUUUUUAUCUUAUAUGGAAGCGUUUUGGUUUUUAGGGUAUACUAGGAUGUCAUAAAGGAUCACUAAAAGACAAGCAAAAUACGG